AUGCUUGCCAAAAAAUCGAAAAAAAUUGCUGAAGGAGAGAAAAAAAAGGACACUUGUAGUCGUUGUGAUACAUUAAAAUCAAAAAUUGAUAUGCUUGCCAAAAAAUCGAAAAAAAUUGCUGAAGGAGAGAAAAAAAAGGACACUUGUAGUCGUUGUGAUACAUUAAAAUCAAAAAUUGAUAUGCUUGCCAAAAAAUCGAAAAAAAUUGCUGAAGGAGAGAAAAAAAAGGACACUUGUAGUCGUUGUGAUACAUUAAAAUCAAAAAUUGAUAUGCUUGCCAAAAAAUCGAAAAAAAUUGCUGAAGGAGAGAAAAAAAAGGACACUUGUAGUCGUUGUGAUACAUUAAAAUCAAAAAUUGAUAUGCUUGCCAAAAAAUCGAAAAAAAUUGCUGAAGGAGAGAAAAAAAAGGACACUUGUAGUCUUGGGUUGUUGUGA